GUUCCACAGUAAAAGUUUCUUAUUGGUCCCGCCACGUGACGUCACGACUUCAGUUUUUAUUGUCGCUGCAAAAUUUUUCUCGGUCUCACUUUUUCCAAUCAGUUUUAGGGGAUUUUUACGUGUACUUGGGGGCGAUGGAGAAACGUGUAUCCAAUGUGUACACUUCCUCCAAGGUUGGGAGCUCCAAUUCCGUGGAUUCAGACUACUCAAAAUCCUCAUCGCUCAACUCCAAGCAGUCAUCCAUUAACAAUGAGACAAGUUUCCCACUACUUCCGGGUGAGAAGCGUCAGGAUUUGAAGACAGACGUCACAUACGUGUGCCCCUACAAUGGCCUGUCCAAGGGACUCCUCACCAUCACAAACUACAGACUCCACUUCCGUUCGCAGCCGACGUCCGACAAGGAGAUUGCAUUUGUGGUGGAUGUCCCCCUGGGGGUGGUGUCGCGCGUGGAGAAAGUCGGCGGGGCCAGUUCCCGCGGUGAGAACUCCUAUGGCAUUGAUAUCUUCUGCAAGGAUAUGCGAAAUCUCCGCUUUGCCCACAAGCAGGAGAACCACAGUCGACGCACUGUGUUCGAGAAGCUGCAAACAUUUGCAUUCCCACUGGCCUACAAUGAGCGCCUCUUUGCCUUCUACUACACAGAAGUCUUUCCGGAAGAUGGUUGGAGUGUCUAUGAGCCCGUGGCGGAGCUGAAGCGAAUGGGCGUCAACAGCGACACAUGGCGAAUAACGCGCAUUAAUGACAGCUACGAGAUCUGCGACAGCUACCCAGCUGUCUGGGCAGUUCCCAAUAAUGCUCCGGAUGAGCUACUGAAGCAAGUUGCGGGCUUCCGUUCGCGGAAUCGUCUGCCCGUCCUGUCGUGGGUGCAUCCUGUGUCACAGGCCACAAUCACGCGUUGCUCCCAACCCCUUGUGGGUGUCUCCGGGAAGAGGAGUGGUGACGAUGAGAAGUACAUUAAUUUGAUCAUGGAAGCCAAUGCGAGGUCCGAUAAGUUGUCCAUCAUGGAUGCCCGCCCGAGUGCAAAUGCCAUCGCCAACAAGGCUAAGGGAGGCGGAUAUGAGUCCGAGGAUGCCUACCAGAAUGUCGAGCUGAUCUUCCUGGACAUUCACAAUAUUCAUGUAAUGCGUGAAAGCUUGAGGAAGCUGAAGGAGAUCUGUUUCCCCGCCACAGAUGACAAGAAGUGGCUGUCAGCCGUGGAGAGUAGCCUCUGGCUCAAGUACAUCAAGUGCGUACUGAGUGGUGCAGUGAGGAUUGUGGAUAAAAUUGAGAAUAUGAGCACAUCCGUCGUGGUGCACUGCUCAGACGGCUGGGAUAGGACAUCUCAGCUCACGGCAUUGGCAAUGCUGCUCCUGGACCCAUACUACCGCAGCCUUAAGGGUUUUGAGGUGCUCAUCGAGAAGGAAUGGCUGAGCUUUGGGCACAAGUUCCAGCAACGCAUCGGACAUGGGGAUAGUCAUCAUUCGGACGCAGACAGAUCCCCGGUUUUCCUGCAAUUCAUCGAUUGUGUGUGGCAAGUGACCAAGCAGUAUCCCCAUGCUUUUGAAUUCAACGAACACUUCCUCAUUACAAUUCUCGAUCAUCUCUACUCCUGUCGCUUCGGGACAUUCCUCUGCAACACCGAACGCGAACGUGUCCAGGAGGAUCUCAAGCACAAGACCAUCUCGCUGUGGUCUUUCAUCAAUUCCUCACCGGAACAGUAUCGGAAUCCCCUCUAUGGUGGCUUCAAUUCAGCCGUGCAGAGAGUCCUGAAGCCCGUUGCCAGCUCCCGGCAUAUACGACUGUGGAAGGGGCUCUACUGUCGCUGGAAUCCCAGUAUGAGGGCACAGGACCCAAUCUACCAGCGCACGCGGGAACUCCUUGUGCUGCAGGAACAGCUGCAGCGUCAAGUGGAUGAAUGUCGCUACGAGUCCAACUCAAAACCCAAUUAUCAGCAUACGAGGCUCUCCUCGCCACUCCACUGAGCCCCCAUUGUGUAUUUUGUACCCAAUUUUAAUCAUUUUAAAUGCAUUUUGUGGGCAAAAAAG